UGAGUUCCAUUCAUGAAAUGAGCGUCAUGACAAACUUAAGUUUAUUUUGUUAACUUCCUCGGCGUUCGGUCUCGAAUAACUUAGUAUUAAUAAAAUUUUUUGCAGUAUUCCACUUGUACCCGUACCUUGGUUAUUUGACAAAUUUUGUUGAGUUGGCAUAAAGACAGUACAUACUGUACUGAGUUUCUUACCCACCUAAUAAAAGUUGCAGGUUUUCUCUAAGACAAGUUCCUGCUUGUCGUUAUGGCAGCAAGGCUGCUGUGUCCAGGACAAAGUGUAAUUUUGACUUACGCUAGAAGUUUACGAUGGUUUUGCAUUAGAGCAAGAGAGUUUUCAAAUCAAGGGCGUAACAAUUCCAACGAAAGGUCUCCACCGCCUGAUGUUAAAGAAGUGACAGGAGAGCCAAUUCAUUCGUGGCUGAACAUUAGAGCUGGGAUCUUUGGACCAAGUGAUCAGCGCCUUCCCUUGCCAGGUGAUAUUGGAUUAGGUCAUAAACUAGAAGCAACUACACAGACAUCAGCAGUUUUCCAAAAUCCUGUUUUAAAAUCACCACCUGAUGUUUUAACAACUGUCACAAAUCAUGAACAACAGUUACAGGCCUUAAAUCAACUUAAUUCAAGCCCUCAAAGAGGUGUAGAAGUUGUAAAGUUGACCAGUGACAUGCCUCAGCCUAAUGAAGUUUUGGAAUGCCGCGUGCAAGAUUGUCCGGAAUUAGUUAAAAAAGACUUUUUAGAUCUCUUUCCUGGUCGAAAUAUUCGAGAUGCACCUUUGUCAGUUUUAACAUUGAGUCAAAAAACUGAACACGACAUGAGUGGAUGGUCAGAAGAGAUGGAAAACGAACGUGAGGAACUAAUUGAAUAUUUUAUUCAGGCUGCUGAUGAAAUAUGUUUAAAGUUGAAGAAUGAAGGAUACUGGGCAGAUUUUAUUGACCCAAGUUCUGGUAGACCUUUUCAUGGUCCUUACACCAAUGCCACUCUAUUUGAAACUGAUGAGCGAUACCGUCACAUGGGUUUCCGUAUUGAAGAUCUUGGCUGUUGUAAAGUAAUUUCUCAUAGACUUUGGGGCACACAUGUUUUUGUUGGUGCCAUAUUCACCAAUGCUCCAGUAGAUUCUGAAGUUCUAGAGGACGUAAUGAAUGCACACCAGAAAACAGGGAAUGUCUGAGUAAUCGUGAAGCUAGCACUUUGGUUGUUAAUAGCAUUCUGAUAAUUGUACAGGCUGUUUUGCAAUUGUGUGAAUGUAUUGAAUAAUGGUGUAUAUUUCAGUAACAAGUAUCUAAUAUUUUGAAAUUUAAUGCUAUGUAAUUUCAUUCUCAUCUUUAUCAAAGUGAUUUCAUACUAAUGUACGGUAAUUUUUGUAAACAAAUUUUAAGUUAUUGUCAUUAAGAAAAUAUUAGGAACUUUAUCAUUAAAGAAAAAUAUUACAUAUGUAUGUUCACCAAGUUACCUAUAUUUUGUGUAGGAGGAAGCAGUGUGUUUGGUUUGUAAAUAUUAGUUAAAAGAUUUCAUUGUCCAUUUUGGCUGGCAAUAUAUUCAAAUUAUAAUUAUGCUUUAUG